UGACAACCGACGGCGAAACGGCGAGCGGCAAGGCAGUCACAGUAUUUGGGAAACACCGCUAAGGGAGGGUGCGUGACCGGUGCGUAUUUUCGACUGCUUUGAGUUUCGAGUAUUUGCGAUUGCGGCGUGAAUUGGCGUUACCGUACCGCGCACGAGAGAAAGUGAUCUCUGCCUGUGCGAACACUGUGUUGGUUCUCUAGACACUUUCGUUCGUGCUCUUCUCAGUCUGUGCCGUGAGUCGUGCUCGUGACUCGGAUCGCCACUGUCAUUGUUUACAGAUGUCUCCUCUACAGCUGCUGUGAUACUAAUGUCUCGGUUCUCGGUCUCGGUAUAUUCGCCACACUUUGGUAUUGGUAUUUGCCGGGGCCCGUAGCCCGUAUUGCCGUGCAGCUUUUGCACGAUCAGAUGAUUGCUAUCCCGAGUUAGCCAAAAAUAUUCCCAACUGCCUAACAGUGAUAUUUUUCAAACCAAUACAUCACAACCCAUAGUCUGAUUUACCAACUUAUCAAAAAUGACCGCUGAAGACGAUCUCCUAGAAAACCACAGAAUGCUGGAAAAAUCCAGCAACAACAAUGGUCCAACAAACGAGCUACCUGAAGAACAAACCAAUCUAACCCAAGAAUGUAACGGAACCUAUAAGGAUGUAGAAGAAACGAUGGAGUGCGGUUUGGGCCCAUUUGCUCCAGCCUGGCUUCAGAAAUUCGCUUCGAAACAGUCGUUUCUUAUAGUAUUUUGUCUAACAUGGGUGCUUCAAGGCAUGUACCACACAUACUUUGUCAGUGCAAUAACAACUAUAGAAAAACUUUUUCAAAUUCAAUCGAAAAUUACCGGUAUAAUAAUGAGUGCUACCGAGAUCGGUCAAAUUGGAUCAUCGCUCCUGUUGACCUACUAUGGGGGACAGGGACACAGACCUAAAUGGAUUGCGUGGGGAAUGGUACUGUUCGCUGUAUCUUCUUUCACUUGUUCUUUACCACAUUUUAUUUACGGUCGACAGCUUAUUAACGCGAACGAAUUAACAGGAAUCGUUAAAGACCCUAAUGUUUGUAAAUCUAAGGACGGUAACAUCACGUCGUUUUUAUUAAGUUACACCAAUCACACAAUGUCUGAUAAUUUUAGUACGGGUAUACUGCUUGAUGCAGAAAACUGCCAAGAGGAAGUCAUUACUUCGGGUUACCGGCUAGCGCCAUCUGUGACUAAUAUAGUGUUAGCAAUAUUCUUUAUAAGUUUACUAGGAGUUGGUAUGGGUCAAACAGCUGUGUACACUUUAGGUAUUCCUUAUAUCGAUGACAACGUUGCCAGUAAAGAGUCACCUUUAUACUUUGCCAUAACUAUUGGAGUAAGAAUAUUGGGACCUGCUUUGGGCUUUAUAGUAGGCGCUCUAUGCACAAGCGUGUAUGCAGAUUUAUCAAUCGAUCCAAAAAUUGACUCAUCUGACCCAAGAUGGGUGGGAGCGUGGUGGCUAGGUUUGGUCCUAAUAUCUGCACUACUCAUGUUAUCAUCGUUUGCUAUGUUUGCAUUUCCAAAGAGGCUGACGGGGUCUAAACAGCCCCAGAAAAUACCGUAUCACCCUGAUAAGAAGCAUCCCAGUAUAAGGGAUUUUCCAAAAACACUUAAAAGGCUGUUGAACAACGAUAUUCUUAUGUAUAGAACUGCCAGUAGCGUUUUGCACAUAUUACCCAUAGCUGGCUUAUAUACGUUUUUACCAAAAUACCUCGAAACGCAAUUUAGGUUACCUACACCCUCAGCAAAUAUGAUAUCAGGUGUUGGUGGGAUACUUGUGAUGGGGCUUGGAAUUAUAAUUAGUGGAGUAUUUAUUUUAAAAGUUAAACCAAAUGCUAGAUUUGUAGCUGGAUGGAUUGCAAUAACUGCAGUUCUGUAUUCAAUAGGAAUGGGAAUUCUAAUGUUCAUUGGUUGUCCUACGAAUGACUUAGCAGGUCUCAUGGAUAAUAAAUUUGAUACUGUGCAGCUCAACUGUAAUCCAGGAUACUGUGAUUGUAACAAAGACAAAUUUACCCCAAUUUGUGGUCAAGACGGAAAAACCUACCUGUCCCCUUGCCACGCGGGGUGCUUAAAUUACACAGAAAAGGGCGGGAAAGUAGCAAUGUAUUCAGAAUGUAUGUGUUUAAAUAUGACUUUAGCUUCAAAUACAAGCUUCGACAGUAACCAGUUAUAUGGUAAUGCCACAAUUGGAUACUGUGAACAGGACUGUGAUACUUUCAUCCUCUAUAUUAUUCUGUUUUCUAUAUUUGUUUUUAUACAUUCGACUGGGGAAGUGGGUUCAAUGCUUUUGAUUUUGAGGUGUGUUGAUCCCAGGGAUAAAGCUAUGGCUCUAGGACUGAUUCAAUUUGCGAUAGGGCUUUUUGGAAAUGUUCCUUGUCCAAUAGUGUACGGAGCUGUGGUGGAUUCAGCCUGUUUGGUAUGGAAAAUGUCUUGUGGAGAAAAAGGAGCCUGUGGAUUGUACGAUUCCGAUGUUUUUAGGAUGUUCUAUCAUGGUACGACAGGAGCUAUACUAUUAUGUGCUUUUAUCGUUGACGUAAUAGUAUGGUAUAAAGCAGGUAAAAUCAACUUCGUCGACGAACAGGUACCAUAUGAAGAGGAGCUACAUACGAUAACAGGGAAAAUAAAAGCAGAACCGGAGUAGCAAAAAACGUUGGUGGAAUUCCCACCGGAAUGAAUUGUGUUUUAAUUUUGUAUCACAAAUAGAGCAGGGCCUUGCCAAAAGUGUAGAUCUAAAAGGUUUUACUCCAUUAAUGAAUUGUUAGUCCUUUCUCUUAUAUUAUUUUUGCGAAUAACAGAAUAUUGACUGGACAUUUUUUUAAUUGUAUAUUAUUGAAUCUCAUAUUUAUGACGAAGCCAUAAUAAUAUUUGCUGAUACAUCAGUACUUCUUGCAUUUAAUUUAGCCCGUGUCAUUUGGUAUGAACCAUCAACGAAACAAAUAGUUUUUACAAAAAGAUAGAUACUUAUUUUUAUAUACGGUAUAACUCGAAUGCAGGAGGCGCAAGCCCUGUGAUUCCAGAUCUCACGGAAUAAUAAAGCUGAUCUGAAGGAUAUUUACCUACUUAAUUUGAACGACUUUGUGCAAUAUUAUUUUCCAG